AAUGAUUCAGAAGAUGAUGAACCUAGGGAGCGAACAUCCAGCGAUGUAGAAAAUGGUAGCAAUAAUCGUAAUGCUAGUGACUCUGAAAAUGAAGAUGCUCAAAAUCACAUUGCCAGUGAUUCGGAUGAUGAGCCAACCAGACAAAAAGGCAGUGGUGAUGAUGAUACACCUGUGAAAGGAGGAGCCAGUGACUCAGAGGAAGAAGAAGACAAUGAAGAUGAUAAACAUGAUAUCAGAUAUACCUUCUCAGAGCCAGGUUAUGAAAAUUAUUCUGUUGAAAAUUUGAAAGAAAUAACUGCCGUGUCAUCGAGGAAAAGAGGAAAGCAAAGGUAUUUCUGGAAAUAUAGCGAGCAAUUAAUGCCUUCUCAACAUGAAGGGAUGCUGAGACCGCCUGAAUGGGACAGAGACACGCUUCCCAGUAAUAUGUACCAGAAGAAUGGUCUGCAUCACGGCAAGUACACUGUGAAGAAAUCUUGCAGGACAAAUGUGGAAGACCUGACUCCAAAUCCAAGAAAACUUCUGCAGAUUGGUGGUGAACUGCGUAAACUGAAUAAAGUAAUCAUUGACCUAACACCCGUAUCGGAGCUUCCUGUCACUGCCAGCCCGCAUUCUCGUAAGGAGAAAAACAAGCUGGCUUCCAGAGCUUGCCGUCAAAAAAAGAAAGCCCAGUAUGAAGCCAAUAAAGUGAAGCUAUGGGGCCUGAAUACGGAAUAUGAUAAUUUGUUGUUUGUGAUCAAUUUAAUAAAACAAGAGAUAAUGACACAAAUACAAAUCCCAUGGGUGAAAUGGGCUUUGGAUUCUCUCCGGUACUACCUCGUGGGUAGAUAGUUUGAACUGGUGACGGAUCAUGUCCCAUUGAAGUGGAGGGCACAGACCAAAGAUUUAAAGGCAUGGAUUGAAGAUUUAAAUGAGCUACAACUAAAGCUUAAAGAGGCCCUAAAAACUAGCAAAGCUAGAGAGAAUAACCUCACAGAAGACCUUGAAAACCUAAACCAAGAGUUGCGAACAAAGCAGAGAACCCUUAAUAAGCAACAGAAGAAAAAAGAUGAAGUAAAACAUGCUUCAAAAGAUGAGGAACUGAAAAAAAGGGUGAAACGUUUGAUGAGCAGCAUACAGAGCAAGUCCGAUCUGGACAGUAAACAGAGCAUGAUAGAUGAGCUUUAGAAGAAAAUUAAAAAGCUUGAACUGGUAACGCAUCGCCCCGGUGCUAAAAUGGG